AUGCCCGCACCGCGGAAGCAGAACUACUCGUCUCACAAGAACGAAGACUUUGACAUGGAGACCCUUGAUUCCAGCCCGCAGUCUUCGGGUGAUGCUCCAACCGCCCCGCGAGCGCCAACGCCCGCACCGCGUAAGCACUACUCGUCUCAGUUGAAGGAGGACUUUGACGUUCGGCGUGCCGUCAUGACCUGGUUCAGUCAACAGCUCAGCCAGGCGCAGCCGUGGCAGCAUUUCGCGGACGCCGCGAAAUUUUCCGUUCCAAAGGCAGCCCAGGUGGUCGCAGACCGGAUCCGAUUGAACGUGGGUCACUUCCGCUGCAACUACGGCGUCAUUUUCUUGGUCAUCCUGGUGUGCUGCGUCAUGUCCAGCUUGGAACUUGUGGGGAGCGUCGUGCUGGUAGCUGGAGUGUGCGUCGCGCUGAAGCUGAAUGAGGACGUCGAGACCGUGGCCGUGUGGGGAACGAGGCUCGAGCUCGACAAGAACCAGAGGCUGGCCGCGGCGGCAUUGGUGGCCCUGCCGCUUCUGUGUGCCGCAGACAUCUGGUCGGCCGUGGUGUGGUCCGCCGGGGCCACCGUGGUGAUCGGCGCGGCACAUGCCACUCUGCAUGCCGGGCCCUGCUCCCCCGGCAAGUUCGUCAAAACGCUGCCCGACAUACCAGAGGAAGGUGAUAACAUCAACAAUCUCUGA